UGGCAGGCCGACUUGACGUAAACCGAAGACCGACCGACGACAACAAAGUCAACGACGACGACGACCGCUGCUGUGUAGUCUACGCGACCCGCGCGCGAUUUAAAACGCUCUUAGACCACGCACCAAAAAACGCUUGCGCGCGCUGCUCAGAACGCCUCCUGGCAAAACAGUAAACGGACCAAUUGUGUGCGUGUGUAUUAAACUUACAAAAAUUAGCAGUUACAGUUACAGUUAUAUAUAUUUUUUUCGUGUGAUUUGUGUGUGUUUAUUGUGAACUCCGCCAUGCGACGGUGGCAACUGUUUCUAUUGAGCUUGGGCGCCAUUUCAGCCUUGGCCAAGCCCAACGAUGCGUACCUCAAAAUGUUGGCCAUGCCGCGUGCCGAGGAUCCGUGCUACGACUACGAUAAGGCACGCGCCUGCAUACCGGACUUCGUGAACGCCGCAUACGAUGCGCCCGUCGUGGCCAGCAGCACCUGCGGCGAGCAGCAGCCGCAGCGCUACUGCGAGUAUCAGGAUCAAAGCAGCCGACCCACUGGCCCCACCGACUUGCAGUGCCACAGCUGCGAGGCGAACAGCUUUCCGCCACGCGCCCUCACCGAUCUGAACAACUCCAAUAAUGUGACCUGCUGGCGAUCGGCACCGAUUGCGCCCGGUGGCAGCUAUGCUGGAGGCGGCGGCGGCUCCAGCCACUGGGGCGACAAUGUCACAUUGACCCUGUCCCUGGGCAAGAAGUACGAGCUAACCUAUGUCAGUCUGCAGUUCUGUCCCCGUGCACCACGUCCCGAUUCGCUGGUCAUCUUCAAGAGCUCCGACUACGGCCGCACCUGGCAGCCGUUCCAGUAUUACAGCUCGCAGUGCCGCCGCCUCUUCGGCCGACCCGCUCGCACCACCGUCACCAAGCACAACGAGCACGAGCCACGCUGCAGCGACGCCCAUCGACAUGGCCACGACGGCAAUGGCGGCAGUAGUGGCGUGGCCUCUCGCAUCGCCUUCAGCACGCUGGAGGGUCGGCCCUCGGCCCGUGAUCUGGAUGCGUCGACCGUGCUGCAGGACUGGGUGACAGCCACCGAUAUACGCAUUGUCUUCUAUCGAUUGCAACAGCCCGAUCCUCAAGCGCUGCUCAACAUAGAUGCGCCCGCCGCCGAUCUGCGCACCGGCAAAUACAGCGUUCCGCUGGCCGGCAACAAUAUCGAGUCCAUUGGCGCCGCUGCCUCCGCGCCUGCUGCGGCGGGUCUUCAUUAUGCUGUAUCCGAUUUCUCCGUGGGCGGGCGCUGCAAGUGCAACGGCCACGCCUCCAAGUGCUCGCCGGAUGCCAGCGGCCAGCUGAGCUGCGAGUGUCGUCACAAUACGGACGGACGCGACUGCGAACGCUGCAAGCCCUUCUACUUCGAUCGGCCCUGGGGACGUGCCACAGCACGCGAAGCCAACGAGUGCAAAAAGUGCAAUUGCAAUGAUCAUGCGCGUCAAUGUCGCUUCAAUAUGGACAUCUUUCGCCUAUCGCAGGGCGUCUCUGGCGGCGUCUGUCAGAACUGUCGGCACUCGACAACGGGUCGCAAUUGUCAUCAGUGCAAGGAGGGCUACUAUCGGGAUCCCACCAAGCCACUAGAGCAUCGCAAGGUGUGCAAAGCCUGCGAUUGCCAUCUGAUCGGCUCAUCUGGCAAGAUCUGCAACAGCACAAGCGGUCAAUGUCCGUGCAAGGACGGAGUCACGGGUCUGACCUGCAAUCGCUGCGCCCCCGGCUAUCAGCUAAGUCGCUCCCACAUCGCACCAUGCAUCAAGCAACCCCCGCGCAUGAUCAAUAUGCUGGAUACGCAGAACACGGCGCCGGAACCAAACGAGUCCACUGAAGGCGUUGGCAUGGACAGAGGCGCCAGCCCAGCGGCCGCCCAAUCGCAAUUUUAUCGCACCGAGGGCGGCAGGGUGUGCGAAAAGUGCAAAGUCAUCACCAAAAGAUUAAACCUCAACAAAUUCUGCAAAAGAGACUACGCAAUAAUGGCCAAAGUAAUUGGUCGCGAUACGAGCAGCGAGGCGGCCAGUAUCGAGCGCAGACGCGCAAUGGAUCCGUACGGGGACUACGAAAUGGAUCAACAGCCAAUGGGCGGACCGGAGUACGAGUAUCGGGGGGCGGCAGCAGCAGCAUUGGCUGGCAUCAGCAGCAGCGCCAGCGUUCCGGACUAUCCAAACGACAGCGACACGGCUCGGUUCGAUCUGCAAAUUCAGGCGGUAUUCAAGCGCAGCAGAACCAGCGCCUAUGGAAUGCCGAAUACAAUGCUGAAACGAGGUCCUAUGACCUGGAUCAUACCGAUUAAGAAUUUGGAGUGCCACUGUCCCAGGAUCAAAGUCAACAGAUCGUAUUUGAUUUUGGGGCGGGACUCGGAGGCGCCGCCCGGAUAUCUGGGCAUUGGUCCGCGUUCGAUAGUUAUAGAAUGGAAGCACGAUUGGUAUCGACGAAUGAAGCGCUUCCAGAGGCGGGCGCGCACCUGUGCGUAGAUGAGAUGACCCACCGUCCCCACAUUGCAGUGGCCAUCUUUGUCACAUUAAAUAAUUUGUCUGUCACUUGUCAAUUUCAUUUACCUACCUUCAAGCUAUAUGUAUUUUUUUUUACUAAACAUAUGUGUAGAUCGUAGAGCUUAAAUUUAAGAACUUCAAAUCAAAUCAAAUCAAAUCAAAGCGUCGCAACUCAAGAGAAUUAUUUUUUUUUUGCUGAUUUAUCAGAUUGAAUUAAUGAAAAAAGCUUUGGCAGUUACGCGCCAAACUAUUUAAAAUAUGAAACGUGAGCAGCGUUGCCACCCUCGCAGCAUUGCCAUUGCGUGCAAUAUUUUUCGGCUUAGCAAUGUGUGUAAUACUAUCGCCAUAGAGAAGAGCAGCUCAAAUA